UGAACAUUUUUUUUAAAUUUAUUACCAUGUAAACUACUUGACAUACCAUUGCUGGACUAGAUCUUUCUCCUUUUUUUUGAACAUUUACAUAUAUGCAUCUUUUUUUUUUUAUUAAUUUUGUAAAAUUCAGUCUUCUCUUCUUCAUAAAUCAUUAACUGUUUUGAAAAUUUAUGCUAUUUGUAAAACUUUUCUAUUUUCAUUGUUCUAUUUCUAAUUUUUUAAAAAGAUUUUGACACUAAUAUUCCGGAAAUGUCGCAUCCGGUUUUCUACAUUAUAGUGUUUUGCAAGCAUGGCAAAGGGGUGACUAAAAUUGAGAACAAGUAGCUGAAUAAGCUAAAGGAAGAAAAUUUCAGUGCCAGUGUUGUGUCUAUAAGUACAUAAAAGCUUAUCCUCAUAUGGUAUACUUGUGGCGUAUGUGAUUAAGGUCCACAUAUGCAAUGGACUACGAGGACCCAUAUGAGAGCCUACCGCCUACUUCAACCCCUACAACGCAUAUGUUAGCUGGAUCGGCAGCUGGUAUUUUGGAACACAGUGUUAUGUACCCUGUGGAUUGUGUUAAGACACGUAUGCAAUCCUUGGUGCCAGAUCCGAAGGCUGACUAUCGCAGUGUGAAAGAUGCUUUUAACACCAUCAUUCGCCAUGAGGGGUUACUACGGACGAUGAAGGGGGCGCCCAUUGUGGUGAUGGGUGCAGGACCAGCACAUGCCUUCUACUUUGCAUGUUAUGAACAUCUAAAAAAGACUCUAAGUGGGGGCCAGAGGGGUAACCAUUUAGUUCAUGGUGUAGCUGGAUCAGUUGCUACCUUGCUUCAUGAUGCUGUCAUGGUCCCGGUGGAUGUGGUGAAGCAGAGAAUGCAAGUGUUUAACAGCCCCUACACGAGCUGCAGAAUGUGUGCGGGAACCAUCCUAAAACAGGAAGGCAUAUUUGCCUUCUACAGGAGCUACACCACACAACUAACUAUGAAUGUUCCAUUCCAGAGCGUUCACUUUAUGACUUAUGAAUUACUGCAAGAUUUUCUAAACCAUGAAAGAAAGUACAACCCAAUGACUCAUGUGAUUUCUGGCGCCACGGCAGGUGCUGUGGCGGCCACGAUUACAAUGCCGCUCGAUGUAUGCAAAACACUCCUGAACACGCAGGAGAGGUGCACAAGGACUCAUGCAUCGUAUAUCAACGGCAUGGUAUCUGCUUUUAGGACGGUGUAUGAAUUUCAAGGACUCCCUGGCUUCUUCAAAGGACUUUCUGCCCGUGUGAUAUUUCAGAUGCCUGCUACCGCCAUUUCGUGGUCCGUGUAUGAAGGAUUUAAGUACAUCAUUACCAAAAAACAAGCAGUCGGGGAAACGCUACCAAAAACGCUUUCUAUUCGAGCUGCAUCUGCUUCCUCUCACUCUGACUAAACAGCAAAAAUUUUAGUUCUUUAAAAAAAAAUCUGAACUGCCCUUUAAAAUUUUGUUUUGCUAUGAUGCUGACCAAAAUAGCUUACCUCAUGUUAGGUCACUCCUCAGAUUGAAGAAUCAUUGAUCAUUAUAUACUCUGCAUUCAUUAUUGUAACAUUUUCAAUGUUAAGAUGUCUACCAACUCUCUCAUAGAAAGAUUUUAAGAUGGACUAUAAAUGGUUGCAGAUGAUUUUCUAAAUAAAAUGUGCCUGUGUAAAUUUCACAGUUUGAAUUUGGAUUCUUCAUUUGGGUACAGGCAACAAUAUAACUGGGAAACUUGUACUCUUUGACUUUCAAACUUAUUUGUAAAGUUCUGUUAAUUCCUUCUGGGGUUUUUUUGGAAGAAAUAUAUUGCCAAGCCAAGAGGUAUAUUUUGCAAAUUCUUGUCCAUUUGAACUCUUGUCUAGUAACUCAAUAUGUUCAACACACAAGUCCCUUCAUUUUCAUUGUGGUUUACAUUUUAUAAGAUAUCACACUGCAUAUGAAAUGGAAUGGUUAAAAACACAUUAAAAUUCAUAUAUAUAUAUCUAUGAAAUUUCUACACCCAAUUUAAUUUGAAGAAAUCAUAAAUAUUUACUAUCGUUUUUAUAUAUUAUUUGAUUCAUUUGUGACUGGUAAAACUGAUUAAUUGAAAUUAAGAUAAAGAAGGGUCAAAUGUAACAUUUCCUAGUUUUACACAGACCCCUGGUCUUUCUGAUUUAUCCAACAACAACAAAAUGGAGAAGGAAGUUACAAAAAUCCUGCCUAUGUUGAGGAGUGACCUACCUUAUUUUACAUACCAGGCACUACAAAGAAAAUGUAUGAAUUUUGCUUGCAGAUAUGAUUUAUAUAUCACAUCUAAUUUUCCAACAUUUUCAAAAAAAAUUACCCUCAUUGAUCCACAGAAUAAAUGCAAAACAUCUAAAAUGUAGCCUACAGUAUACAUAUAUACGAAGACAAAAUAGAGCUUCUUCAGAAAAUUGCCCUUUGUCCAUAAUCUUCAAACCGCUUUAGGAAAUAUUUCGGGAAAAGUCCCUCACAUUUUGGAUGAUAGGAAAUGUGCUGUAUGUCGCUGUCUUCUGUUCUGAAUGGCAGGAAAAAGAUCAGUAUAUAGAGUUCACUGUCUGCUCGAAUCAAAAUCACGGAGAAGAUUCUCUGAACCAGCAGAACGGAUGGCAUUUAUUAAAGGAAAAGAUGAAUAAAGCUUCAGUUCGUGGAUGUGAAAGAAAUAGAUUUUUGUCGUAAUUUUGUUGAAAAAUCAAAUUUAAAGGAAUAAGCAAAUUCAGUGGAUUUCGUUUUUAAAGAUGGGAAGAAGAAAGAAAUGAAGGAUCAUGGGAAGAAGAGGACAUUAAUGAAGAAGAUCGUAAGGAAAAAUGUGCUCAAAAUCAAAAGGGAGGAAAUGCAUUCCUAAAAGUGCGAAAGUUCAUUUUUGCUUUUGGAAAAUUGUUGUGGAUAUCUCCGUGUGUUGUCGGUGGAAAAACCUCUGCAAUGCAUUAUUUGUGAAUUUCCUCUGGGCCGUGGUAUGUCAGCUUGAUGGACAGCUACAUAGCAUGAUCUCAGUUUUAUAUUAUUAUUAUGUUAUGAAGGUCACAUGUAGAAAAUGACUCCCAUGUUGACAUGUAAAAGAUGUCCUUACCUCAUUUGUUGAACAUACAAAGAAGUAUACAAUAUAACAACAUAUUAGUACCAAUGUUGAAGGAAUGAAUGUGUCAUUUUUGAAAUGUACUGUAAAAGUGGUCACUUACGCUGGGGGUUAAGUACUCAUUUUUCCAUGUCCAACGUUACACGUGGAGGGGGGAGGGGUAUGCGAUAACUGAAUAUGAUAUAUUAAAUUAUAUUCAAAUAUUUAUACCUGUACACACGGGGGAAAUUUACGCACUUAUUAUGUGACCGAGUUAUUGGUGUAAAUUUCCUCUACAUGUAAAUAACCACAUUUACAAUACAGGGGUAAAACUUGUAUACAUUGUGGUGCAUGUUAAUUCAUGUGAACGGUAAUUUUAAAAGCUGUUUAUUCAGGAAUUUAUUAAAUACUCCAAUGGGAAAGUGUUGUCCUCGCAUACCCCUAAAACUAAACAAUUAUUGAUUUAAGACUGUUUAUUUUAAUAGGUUUCCCAUGCAUACAUUUAAAUGUAUCGUGGGCAAAACCUAUUAACAGAAGGUCAAUAUACAAAUGUAUAUAGAUUUCCUAUGUUUUGGCUUUUCAUAUCUCUACAAAUUGUAAUGCUAUCCAUUUCCUCAUGAAUGUGUUGCAGUUGUAAACAAUGUGUGCAUGAAUCUCGGUUAAUAUAGUAUAUCGAUUUUAACGGCUAGAGAUUUUAACAGAAUUGAAAAUGGAAUUUGAAAAUAAGAAAUAAAUUUCAAUUUGGAAAUUACAUGUAUACAACUGCAGUUCUUUAGGCUUGUAUACUUUUCAUGACGCGCUAACUUUCUUGAACAUGGAAGUAUGCCAGCGUGUUGCAUCACAGUUCAUACCUUCAGGCAUUUUCAAAAAUGAAAAAUGUUUUUCUCGAAAGAGUUUGUUUUUAUGUAUUUUAACUGAUACAUCCACUGAAUUACCACAGGUCCUUUACCAUACAUUGUUUGGUAAACAUGUUUUUACAUGUUAUGUCGGGAAUAUCGUAAGUACGAAUUGGUCUUGACAUAGUACAUGUCACCUGAGGUGAAAGCAGAUGGAAUUUUAAAAGUUGAAUUUCUUUAUGACCAUGAUGACAACAAAUAGAACAUACUUAUGCGACAUUUUUGUGUGUGUUGAAUGUCAUGUGACAUGUGAAUAUGGUGAGUAGUUUUCUAACAUGUGGCCUCUUGUUGCUAUGUCAGUAGGUUUGGACUUCUACAUAGUGGCAUGUUUGUUGUGAUUGAAGUUUUACGGUGUGAGAAUUGAGAAAAUUCUACACUGAGAACAAAUUUUGUUCAAGUUUUUGUACAUAAUAUAUAUAUAUUUCUUCAUGGCGUUAUCAUGAUGACUGUAUGGAGGGAAAAUGUCAUGUGAGAACGGAGGACUUCUACAUGCAUGGUGCAUUUUUAUUUGAAUAUUUAUACUAUGUCUUUUAACUUGUAGAAGAAGUUGUCAUUUUAACUAGUCACAUACAUGUACAUGUACACAAUUUUGUGAAUGAUUUUCACUAGAAGCUAAAUUUUGUACAGACAAGCAGGUUAUGUGUAUGUUUUUCGUGAUACUUCUUUUUUUUUUUACCAGUUUAUUUUAAUACACAAAGAAAUUUUGGCAAUUGUUGGCUUGAUAAACAUCAGCAACUGCAGUGAAAUAUUGUCAAAAUCUGAUAUGUGAAUUUACCAGUGCUCCCAAUUAAGGAUUAAUUUUGUUUCAUUUUAACUGUUAUUUGUCUAAAUCAAAGCAAUUUUAUGGGAGGAUGGAAUUCAGAUUGUUUAUUUGGAAAUAUAUAAUUGCUUAAGACAUGAUUUUCUAUAAUGCCUUUUAACAAAGAAAAACCGGUAAUACAUCAUCACAAUUUUCAGAACAAAAGUAUGUCAUUGAUGCAAAAAUGAAAUAGUGAAUUCUAAAAACAUCAUCAAAUGUCUGUUUAGCUCAGUGGACUAAAGCAUUAAGCUGGCUAUCUAUGGAUUAUGUGUUCGAAUCCUGCAUGUGUUUUAAUUCUUUUCUAAAUGAUUUUGUACAAAGAUUGCAAGUUUUGCUACAUGAGGGAAAAUUUUAGAAUUUCCAACACCUCAACAUAAAAUUUUAUAAAUGCUUUAUUUUUUUUUAAUGAUUUGUUUUUCUUUUUACCUCCUUAAGAAUAUAUUUAGUUAGAUAUCUUUAGAUAUGAUUAAUCGCAAGCUGAGCUGAAUAGUGAUUGUAAAAAUAUUAAGUAUAUAUGUAUUAUUAGAACAUAUUUAAGUAUGUGUAGAAUAUGACAGAAGCUACUACUGUUGCUGAUGAGAUCUAUCUUGAAUUUUAAAUAUGCAAAUGAAUGCGUUUCCUGUAGGCAAUCAUGUAACAUCUGAAUGUAUACAUUAAUCGUGAUUACCAUCACCAAGCAUUGAUUGUGUUUGUCUCUGGAAAAUAAUUCGUGCUCUCCUCCUAAGGAGACCUCGUGAUCAGGAAAUGUUAAAUGGGCAUUAGAUAAGAAGAUAGCCUUGAUACUGUAAUUAAUCCACGGGGGGCUGGGUCAUUGUCACGGUCCUCUGACCAGUGGUUAUCUAUGGGAAGCUGUACACCUGUAUGAGACAGAUUUAGACUGGUGUACAAUCUCCUGUCUGGGAUGAGGAGGAGAAACAUUUGUGUUUGAGAUUUGUCUGUUAUUUUUUUCUUUUUCUUUUUUUUUUGUUUGUUAUUUAUAUGGGUUUUUUUUUUCUUUUUCUUUUUUUUUUUUGUGUGUGAUUUUUUUAUUAUUGUUACAUGUACAUGCAUGAAGACAACCAUUCUGUGAAUCAAUCAUCGUUAAAUCAGGUGAAGAUAAUUUAAAUCAGGAUACAUAUUCAUGUAGAUUGAGCUUUGUUGAUUGGGUGCUUUUUUAGUACUUUGUGUAAUUGUUUGUUAAUGUCUGAAUUUACUUCUGAUCAAGACCAAAAGGUCAUUGCUAGAUCCCAUAAUUCCUUUAACAUAUCUAUAUGAUCGGACCCCCUACAACAAAUUUGUCGAGGGAUUCGGCAACUUGUCUGCACGUUAUAUGUGUGCUUUCAUAGAACUAUAAAGUUAACAACAUUUGAAAUAGCUGUCUUUACAGAAUGCUGUAGAAAUAGAUAAAAUGAAGGUCAAAGGUCAUCAUAGUUAUUAAAGAUUGCAAGUCAUGAAAAUCGGAAUAUUUUUCAAGUUUAAUUUACUGGAACAUCUCGGUGAAUCUUUUAGAUAACUGACUGAUCUACUUGAACGUACCUCAAAAUUAAACCGUUCUUCUCAUUUAUUCCACAUGGAGUUAUAAAUAUAAAUGGAAACAUUACAUACAUACUUGUCUGAGAUCCUUUAAUGAAACAUCCAUCUUCACUAGCCAAGAGUUUUUGGUCCACUCCGAUCCCCAUAGCGGAGUGGAUCGAAAACCGUUGGCUAGCGAAGAUUGUGAAACAUCAACAACUUGGUCAACAUUCUACUCUGUAUGUUCAUGUAGUAGUUAACACUGUUAAAGACUAUCUAAUACACUUUAGUUUUACACAACAUUCUACUCUGUAUGUUCAUGUAGUAGUUAACACUGUUAAAGACUAUCUAAUACACUUUAGUUUUACACAACUUUGUGAUAGACACAAACACACACAUUGGGGGCACCUGCCCAAUCUCUCUGCAGUUUGAUGUGAGGGCAUAUUAAUGCAUAUAUUUACCCAUUUAUAAGAAUCGGAAUUCAUUAGUGUGACUUGGUCAGUGUAUCUGGAGUUUUUGUGUUUUAUAAGAAAUUUAUGCUGCUAAUAAAUGUCUAGAAGAAGUUUUUACACAUGUUAUUAAGAAACCCGCACAGUGACAUUUAAUAUUGGAAUGUAUGUACAUCAUUCAGUGUGAUGUCGUGGAUUUAGUGUAUUAGUGACACAUGACUGUUUACAGUUGUUUGAAUGUCGAGUCUUUUAAUACUGGUAUAUCAUGGUGAAUUAUUUUUCCUUUCCUCUCAAUAUUUUGGAUUUCUCUGAACAAAAAAAUUAACAUAAAGCUUUAAGAAGCAUGAUCACUGUUUAACAUCAGAGAUUGAACAGUUGAAAUUAAGUUUUUCUUCUUUUUUUUGUUUAUUAUUUUUCUUUUUUUCUUCUUCAGUAAAAUACACUUCAGGUUUGCAAUUUAUUAUUUUGAAUUCAUUCAAAGAGUGUUCUUAAAUGAAAGUAUUAAAUAUUACGACAUUUUGUUUUUGGUACUUUGUUAAUACCCAGGAGGAAUUCUAUAGAACACCAGAUUAACAUAAAUUUAGAUUGUUGAAGACAUCAUUAAUUAUUUGAAGAUAUAACGCCAAUUAAUUUGAUGCAUGCAACAAUUUAAUUAAAUAUCUCAAAUAGUUUAUAUUUUCAGCAUCCUCUUAACUUCUGGUGUAAGGGAAGUAACUGCAAAACUGUAGGCCAUUCACCUGAUGAGAGCAAUAAUUGAUUUGAUGCAUAUAUCAACGGAAUUAUUGCAUGCAUCAAUUGUAUUAUUGUAUGUAAUAAUUGAAUUAAUGACAUCUUCAAAGAAUUGAUGAUAACUAAUUAUUUGAGUUAUAUGUUAAUUUGGCACUCCAUCAAGUAAAGCUUGUGGAUUUUGAAAUUUUAGUAAAAAUAAAUUCUUUGAAGCGGUAAACAAUAAACAAAAUAGAAUUUUAAAAUAUACAUACAUGUAUUUAUAUAUAUGUGUUGUACUUUUACUGGAAUAUAUACUUGAUCUAUCAACUUUGAUCCAAAAAAACAAACUGCUGUCAACUAUGAUUUGUCGUUAAUAAACGCUGAAGUGCAGACACAAUAUUUCAGAAGUGUUGUAAAGCCUCAUGUUUAAAUUGAAAUCAGUGCUUAGACCUCCAAAAAGGAAAAGACUAAAACAUAAUUGUGCAUUUGUUAUUAAUCCAUUAAAUGAUUUGCAUCAUG